GGGCGGCAGGACAGGGACGGGGGGCCCAGGUUCCUCCCGACGGGGCCACGGGACCCUCUCCUGGCCCCUCCGAGGGUGCCGGCCUGGGAAAACCAUGACCUGGCAGCAGUGACUGGCGUGGGGCCACGAGCCGCCAUGGGAGCGACGUGCUGCGUGGGUCGUGUUUGGCCAGGCUGCGGCUACGGCGGGGGCCUGGUGCCAGCCCUGCCUGGUGCUUGGACCCCAGAGUGGGCUGGAGGGCCUGGCAGUGCCCAUGGCAGCCCCUUGGCGUGGCAUGGCUCACUGCCACCCAUGCAGCAACGGGGCCUGGGGCCUGAUGAGCAUCUCCUCAAGUGCUGGGGAGGGGUUUGUCUCCCCACCCCGGCAGUUCUCUGGCUGCUUCCCCCGGUCCUUUGGCCAGCAAUGCUCUCUGCAGCAUGUCCAGACCCAAUGCUGCUCCACCACAGAGCACCUGGGAGAAAUCCAAGGGGAACUCCCUGCUGCAGGAUGCCACCAAGCUCCAAGGGGACUGCCCCGUCCCUGUGUGUCGGGGUCAUGGUGGAAUGGCCUCGGAGAGAGCAGUGUGCUGCAGUGCUGUGUCCCCAUGGGACUUGCCCGUCCCACCCUCCAGCCGCACUGCUCGGGGCCGUGUGCCUCAGCUUCCAGGCAGUGUGGUGGGCAAGCAGUGUGGGGCCAGGGGGUGGCUGCACCGGAGGAGCCUGUGCUAAUGGAUUUGGAGCUCCCAAGGUCAGGCUCCCACUGCCAGCAAGAAAAACUUUCCCAGGGAAGGGCCAUGGGAAAAGGGUCCCCCCUCCGUGAUGCUCCCAGCCACUGCCUUGUGGCACAGCCUGGCAUCCUGGGCUGCUUGUGUGAAGAGCCAGCCUGCGUUCCCCCAAGGAAAGGUGCUGGGUAAAGGCCCUUGUGCCAGCAUUGCUGAGGAGGGGUGGUCAGGGGGUGUGGAUGUGCGGUCAUGGGGAUGAGAGGCACUGUGGGGCACUGGGAGGCAAGGGAAGGGAUGGCAUGCUUGGUGGGACAAAGGUGUACCAGCUCCUGGAUGGCUCGAUGGCCUCUCUGGGGUGCCACCAGGUUCUGAGUGGCACCUGGUGCCUGAACAGGCACUGACACACACCCUGUGCUUGCAGCCAGCAUGGAGCAGCAAGCGGGACCACCGAAGCCAAGACCUGCAGGACCCAGCACGCAUCCACAGCCCAAGGAGGGGAUGCUCUGGGGGGUCCUCGCCAUCCUGUCACUGCUGGCCGGGCUGGCGGCGGGCACCGUGCGGACCCCGCACUGCAACGAGACUCUGGAUGCAGCCCCCACGCCGCGGGGCACGGCCACUGCCAGCAUGGAGGACGGCGUGGAGGUGCCGCUCGCCUGGAGCCAGAUGCACGGUGACAACGUGACGACGGGAGCCCCGGGUGGCACGGAGCUGGCGGAGGAUCUGCUGCUGCGCGCCGAGCGCUCGCCGCCGGGCACUGGCAAAGCCAAGGGACAGCGGAAACCUUCGCGGGGCACCCGUGGGCGCAACUGCCACAUCCGCAACUUGAUGGUGAAGGUGCGCGACCUGGGGCUGGGCUUCAACUCGGACGAGAUCGUGCUUUUCAAGUACUGCAGCGGGUCGUGCCACCGGGCACGCAGCAACUACGACCUGACGCUGGGGAGCCUGCUGCGGCAGCAGCUCAUCGUGCCGGGGCCGCAGGAGCGCGUGCUCAGCCACCCCUGCUGCCGGCCCACGCGCUACGAGGCCGUGUCCUUCAUGGAUGUGCAGAACACGUGGCAGACGGUGGAGAAGCUCUCGGCGGCCGAGUGCAGCUGCAUAGGUUGAUGGGGGGCUGCCGGCUCGGCCUCGGCUCGACACACGCUGCCGAUCCCCAGCCCGGAGGGAGGCAGAAGGGUGGUCCCGGUGUGACACGGCCACGAGGGACCGAGGUGACGUGGUUGUGACGGAGGGGGGGGUUCUGCAACCGAGCACCUCCGCUCAGUGCCAAGCAGAGAGCCGGGGGCUGCGCCCCAACCUGGGAGAGACGGAGGGGAUGGAGCAUCCCGGCACCGGACUGCUGCCCCCACAUCUCCGCGAGCAUCGGAGGGGUUGGGAGUGGGGCAGGAGGGGGCAUCCCAGAGGGGCUCCCGGAGGACGGGGACCAACGCUCAGCAGCGUCGGGCAUCGCCCAGCCCCAGCCCUGGGUCCCUGCCCGGCUCUGAGGGUCCCUGUGGCGCUGCGGCACUCAACUAUUUAUUGCUCUAAGUUAUUUAUUUAUUGUUCUCGAGCGGCAGCUCCUAUUUAUGACUUUGGGCCCGUGGGGCCGGGUGUAAUGCAACCCCAGUGCUGAUGCGAAGCCCCGGCCUCGGGCUCCUCGUGCCCGCAGCGUUGUUUUUUGUUUUUGUUUUUGUUUUUGUUUUUCUAUUAUUUGUAAAAAAGAAAAAAAGAAAUCGGAGGAUAAACUCUAUUUUUGUACAGCCGCCUUUUCCUGUAGCAA